CUACUCCAGUUAGGGAGUCAGAAAGUCAGGGGACAGCAGAAGGGGCAAAGGAACCUCAUCGUGGGCAAACAUGACUUCACGAUUUUACCUUUUCCUAGACUUGUCCAGUCUGUAUAGCAGUUAACAUGAACAAAGAAUGUAGGAAAAGAACAGUUUUACUUUUCAAAAACCACAUGAGCAAGUGGUUUAUGAUUUCUUGUCAACACUCUCGAGCUUAUCUCUUCAUGGUAAUUGCGAUAGUAAAACAAUUAAAAAUGAGAUUUAAUUUUAACUGAUGUUAGUCAGUCUAGGACAGUGAGCGAAGAUGAUGGGCUGGAAAAAUAUUAAUCCAGGUUGGUUAUUUAACAUCUACCUUAUGUCGAGGAGGACACUAUCAAAGACACCUUCUUGGGGCAAUGAAAUUUCUCAAUUAUAUUUUUGUUUAUCGUCGACUUCUCCUCGUGGUUUUCAGUCUGGUGGUGUUACUGCCUCUGCCUAUCAUUCUCCACAGCAAGGAAGCAGAAUGUGCCUAUAUACUCUUCGUCAUUGCCAUAUUUUGGCUCACAGAAGCUUUGCCCCUGUCAGUAACAGCUUUGCUGCCUGGUUUAAUGUUUCCUAUGUUUGGGAUCAUGCCUUCUAAGGAGGUGGCAUCUGCUUAUUUCAAAGAUUUUCACCUACUGCUAAUUGGAGUCAUCUGUUUAGCAACAUCAAUAGAAAAAUGGAAUUUGCACAAAAGGAUUGCUCUGAGAAUGGUGAUGAUGGUGGGUGUGGACCCUGCAUGGCUGACCUUGGGGUUCAUGAGCAGUACUGCCUUCUUGUCUAUGUGGCUUAGUAACACCUCUACUGCUGCCAUGGUGAUGCCCAUCGUGGAGGCUGUGGUGCAGCAGAUCAUCAGUGCUGAAGCAGAGGUCGAGGCCACUCAGAUGACUUACUGCACUGGAUCUACCAACCACACACUGGAAAUUGAUGAAAGUGUUAAUGAACAUGAAGCAAAUGAGGGGAAAGAGAAAACAAAACAAGUUCCAGGAUACAGGAAUGGUAAAGGGAAAAUUUCAAGCAAGACGGAGUUGGAAAAGAACUCAGGCACAGGAAACAAAUAUCGAACAAAGAAGAACCACAUGAUGUGUAAACUAAUGUGUUUAUGCAUUGCUUACUCUUCUACCAUUGGGGGACUGACAACCAUCACUGGUACCUCCACCAACCUAAUCUUCUCUGAGCAUUUCAAUACACGCUAUCCCGACUGCCAGUGCAUCAACUUUGGAUCAUGGUUUAUAUUUUCCUUCCCGGCUGCUAUUAUUAUUCUAUUCUUGUCCUGGAUCUGGCUUCAUUGGCUUUUCCUAGGAUUCGAUUUCAAGAUGUUCAAAUGUGACAAAACCAAAACAUUCCAACAAAAAGCUUGUGCUGAAGUGAUUAAGAAUGAAUACCAAAAACUCGGGCCAAUGAGGUAUCAAGAAAUUGUGACCUUGGUCCUCUUCAUCGUGAUGGCCCUGCUGUGGUUUACCCGAGAUCCUGGGUUUGUUUCUGGCUGGUCCGCACUUGCUUCAAAGUACCCUGGUUUUAUUUCGGAUUCAACUGUUGCCUUACUUGUAGGACUCCUGUUUUUUAUUAUCCCAGCUAAGAUGUCGACUAAAACUACAUCUACGGGAGAAAUUGUUUCUUUUGAUUACUCUGCACUGAUUACUUGGAAAGAAUUUCAGUCAUUCAUGCCCUGGGAUAUAGCCAUUCUUGUCGGUGGAGGGUUUGCCCUGGCAGAUGGCUGUGAGGUAUCAGGACUAUCUAAAUGGAUAGGAAAUAAAUUAUCUCCUCUAGGUUCAUUACCAGUAUGGCUAAUUAUUCUGAUAACUUCUUUGAUGGUCACAACUUUAACAGAGGUAGCCAGCAAUCCAGCUACCAUUACCCUCGUUCUCCCAAUAUUAUCUUCACUGGCUGAAGCUAUUCAAGUGAACCCUCUUUUAAUUUUGAUACCUUCCACUCUUUGUAUUUCAUUUGCGUUCCUCCUACCAGUAGCAAAUCCACCCAAUGCGAUUGUCUUCUCAUAUGGUCAUCUGAAAGUCCUUGACAUGGUUAAAGCUGGACUUGGUGUUAAUAUUAUUAGUGUUGCUGUGGUGAUGCUUGCUAUGUCCACCUGGAUUGUACCUCUAUUUGACCUCAACACCUACCCUUCUUGGGCUCCUGCAAUUACAAAUGGAACCAUAUCACCAUGAUAAGCACAAAAGUUCUGACUAUCUCAUGGUGACUUUUGGGAAAAAUUAAUAAUUCACUGUAAAAUGUGGCUCUAAAUAAUUGAUGACACAUUUAAAUCAGUUAUGGUGUAGCUGCUGUAAUCCCAGUGAACAUCCAAAACCUGCUGUCAUAACUCGGGGUCCAUAUUUAUUUUGAGAUGCAACCAGAGAACAUCUAAGCACCUUCAUCAAGAAGCCAGUGGUUGAUAUUUUGCUCAUGGACCAUCUGUAUCUUGUUUCAUCAUAAGAAUAAUUUAUAACUUGACCUUCAUAGAGAUUAGGCCAUUUGCUUCAUCAUGCAGUUGGAGUUCAGUAUAACAUUUCAAACAUCACUUUAUUAUUUCAAAAACUUCCCAUGAAACUAAAACCAGAAGGUAAAAUAAACAAGUUAAUUAGGUACUUGUAUAAAUCAUUUCUGUAGUGUUGCACAAAAGAAUUUGCAGAGAAAUCAAAACCAUGAUCCUCUGGUGAUGUGGAGAAAAGUUUAAUCUCAAUGAAAUGUGUGUUUCCUCAUUUUAAAAAAAUCCAGUUGUUUUAUUCUUAAUAUAUACAUAUAGUAUAAAAAUUUAAAUUUAAGUAGUAAUUCCAAACUUAUAGCUGAACCUGCUAAAUAACAGAAAACUCAUAGAUAAGGAUUAAUUUCCACUUGACCCUACAGUUAGAUUAAUAUAAUUCAUGUUCUUAUGAUCUCAGUGCACUGAGAAAUACAUUUUGCAUAGAUAUGGAUAAGUCUUUCUAUGAUUUGCAAUAUUAGUACAGUAUAGAAAAGAAAAGAAAGUUAAACACUAUGUUCAUUCUAUUACUUGUUCCUUUCCCUGUCACACUUUACAGGUUUAUUUAUGAUCUGUAGUAUUUAUUACAUUUAUACCUUUUUCCUAGUCAUUAAAUUUAUCACUAUUGAAUUAUACAAUGGAUAAAUUCUUAAUAUAAAAAAAUAAAAUGACUUUUCAAAUUAUAAUGUGUAAGUUUUGGUCUCAGGAAAAUAAUAUAAACAUUUCUGCUUGAAUAAUUUUAAUGAAUGACUUCCAACAACUGCCAGCUGAGCACAGGAAAAAUACUUAGUCAAAAUGUAUUUAAUCAAACCAUAUAAUUUUCUUGACACAUCUUUACAUUUUGUUGAUUAUCAAAAAUGAUUUAACUUAUCCAUUUCACAUUUGUCACAUUUACAUCAGUUCUCAAGCUCUUUUUUUAAUUUUUUUUUUAAUUUCAGCAAUAUUACAAGGGUACAAAUAUUUAGGUUACAUAUAUUGCCUU